CUUAAGGUAUUUACGUUUUCCAUUCCCAAAGAAUCUGUCUCUCCCCCUUUCCUCCUCAUUGCAUCUGUCCGUCGUUUACUGAUAUUUGGUGGUGCAUUUUCUAUCCCACUCCUCUACUUUCCGCUGGUAGACAUUAAAGCAAGACACCGAGUUGUGGAGUCGUUUAGACCAUCAGAACGUUGUUCGUUUCUACGGGUGGACAGUUUCAUUAGGAAACGAUCGAACUCUCCACAUCGAAAUGGUUUCAGAGUGGUGCAAUGGAAGGGAUGUCAAGCAAUUUCUCUCCGAGAAUCCUCAUGUCGACCGGGAUAUUAUAGUUGCUCAGAUUGCGGAUGGUUUGAACUACCUUCAUGAUUGCAACGUCAUCCAUGGGGAUAUCAGGCCUAAAAACAUUCUCUCAGUAAAAUCUCAUGGAGGUUUCUCUGUCAAGCUAUGCGACUAUCGUCUCUCGACGAUAUUCCACGAGUCGCCUAUUUUCUUGGAAAUUGCCACGGUUAUAGGCUGUCUUCGAUAUGCAUCGCCAGAAUUGCUUAUCGGCAAGGCGCUCGAUAGCCGGAACAAAAUGAGCGAUGUCUGGGCGUUUGCCUGCACUGCUGCUGAGAUACUCGAGGGCGAGACACCAUACAGCUGGAUUGGGCGUGAUACGAGCGUCCCACAAGCGGUCAUUGGAAAGGUGUUGCCUUUCGACUUCAAAGGCGGGAAUCGUAUCAGGGGAGCCAUCCAACGUUGUGUCGAGUACAGCCCGAGGGAUCGGCCAUCGAUGAAGGAGGUGAUGGAAAAAAUCAAUGAGCAUUACUUCCAGCAGAAGAACAAACAAGUAGCGAAGGUGACGCCGUGGAAUCUGCAAAUAAGGGAUGACUCUGUUCUGCAGCAGCGUAAUCUCAGCAGGCCCAACAAUUAUGGAAGGCUUGCCGAUGACAUGGGGUACAUUAGUCAACAGAGGGUAGAUCCACGGAUGAUGGGACGUCGGCCAAUGACGGGAGAACAUCGUACGGAUGACCUCAGGGGAGCGGGACAGCAAAGAAUGAUGGACGCACCAAGAGGAAGGAUGCCACAUAAGGGGACCGCGGAUCACACAAUUCACAGACAACCAGAGAUAGUGAAUCUUGACAAUUAUGAUGACGAAUAAUUAAUAAACUAUCAUACCGUGACCUGCUACACUCUAGAAAUACUGGAUAUAAAGAUGUGCAUGACACCUUGGAUGUUGCCGUCCAAGUUGCGAUUGAUACAUGGCGCGCGACUAGUGACCUUAAAAGUAAAGCGAGUUGUUCCCUUGACCAGCUCAAGCCAUGAGUUGCCAUGUAGAAUGAACAAACGGUCAUGACCGA